CUGGGGGUGGGUCAGGCUCGAGGCCUGGCAUCCCGGUAGCCACAGCUGUCUUUCCGGCACCCUUGCCCCCUCCGCCAGUAGCGGACCCUCCGGCUCUCGGGGAUCACUCCUGAGCGGCUGCAUCCUCCGGUGGGCUUCAUAACCCAUUGGCGGCUUCCUCUGCCCGCUGUCGACCAUGGCCAAUGAGAACUCUCCUCUGCUGGCCUACCGGCUCCUGGGGGAGGAGGGGGUUUCCUUCCCUGCCAGUGGAGCCGGGGGUCCUGGAGGGGCGCCUGCCCGGAAGCUCUCCACCUUCCUGGGUGUGGUGGUACCCACGGUCCUGUCCAUGUUCAGUAUAGUUGUCUUCUUGAGGAUUGGGUUCGUGGUGGGCCACGCUGGACUGCUGCAGGCUUUGGCCAUGCUCCUGGUUGCCUACCUCAUCCUGGCACUCACUGUCCUCUCCGUCUGUGCCAUCGCUACCAAUGGAGCUGUGCGAGGGGGCGGAGCCUACUUCAUGAUCAGUCGCACCCUGGGGCCUGAGGUCGGGGGCAGCAUCGGCCUCAUGUUCUACCUGGCUAACGUCUGUGGCUGUGCUGUCUCCCUGCUGGGGCUGGUGGAGGCCAUGCUUGAUGUCUUCGGGGCUGAUGCCACGGGGUCCAGCGGGCUCCGCACCCUACCGCAGGGCUACGGCUGGAACCUGCUCUACGGCUCCCUGCUGCUGGGCCUGGUGGGCGGGGUCUGCACCCUGGGGGCCGGCCUCUACGCCCGCGCCUCCUUCCUCACAUUCCUGCUGGUCUCUGGUUCCCUGGCCUCUGUGCUGGUCAGCUUUGUGGCUGUGAGGCCCAGGGACAUCCCCUUGACCCCUAGGCCUGGCCCCAACGGCUCCUCCCUGCCGCCCCAGGUUGGCCACUUCACCGGCUUCAACAGCAGCACCCUGAAGGCCAAUCUGGGCGCUGGCUACGCCAAGGACUACACCACGGGGGCCACGAUGACCUUUGCUAGCGUCUUUGCCGUCCUUUUUAACGGCUGCACAGGCAUCAUGGCUGGGGCCAACAUGUCAGGGGAGCUGAAGGAUCCCAGCCGGGCCAUUCCUCUGGGCACGAUUGUUGCCGUUGCCUAUACUUUCUUCAUCUACAUCCUGCUUUUCUUCCUCUCCAGCUUCACCUGCGACAGGAUCCUGCUGCAGGAGGACUACGGGUUCUUCCAAGCCAUCAGCCUGUGGCCCCCGCUGGUGCUGACCGGUAUCUAUGCCACGUCGCUCUCAGCCUCCAUGAGCUCCCUCAUCGGCGCCUCCCGCAUCCUCCACGCCCUGGCCCAGGACAACCUCUUUGGAGUGAUCCUGGCGCCAGCUAAGGUUAUAUCCCAAGGGGGGAACCCCUGGGGAGCCGUGCUGUAUUCUUGGGGCCUAGUGCAGCUGGUGCUCCUGGCUGGGAAGCUGAACACGCUGGCCGCUGUGGUCACUGUCUUCUACUUGGUGGCCUAUGCUGCCGUGGACCUGUCCUGCCUGAGCCUCGAGUGGGCCUCGGCCCCCAACUUCCGCCCCACCUUCAGCCUCUUCUCCUGGCACACGUGCUUGCUGGGGGUGGCCUCCUGCCUGCUCAUGAUGUUCCUCAUCAGCCCCGGGGCCGCUGGCGGCUCCCUGCUUCUCAUGGGCCUGCUUUCUGCCCUGCUCACGGCUCGAGGAGGCCCCAGCAGCUGGGGUUACGUCAGCCAGGCCCUGCUUUUCCAUCAGGUGCGGAAGUACCUGCUCCGGCUGGACGUCCGGAAGGACCACGUGAAGUUCUGGCGGCCUCAGCUGCUGCUGCUGGUGGGGAACCCCCGGGGCGCGCUGCCUCUGCUGCGGUUGGCCAACCAGCUCAAGAAAGGGGGCCUCUAUGUGCUGGGCCAUGUCACCCUGGGAGACCUCGACUCCCUGCCCUCGGACCCCGUGCAGCCGCAGUACGGGGCGUGGCUGAGCCUGGUGGACCGGGCCCAAGUGAAGGCCUUCGUGGACCUCACCCUCUCGCCCUCCGUGCGCCAGGGGGCUCAGCACCUGCUGCGGAUCUCAGGUCUUGGUGGCAUGAAGCCCAACACGCUGGUCCUGGGUUUCUACGACGAUGCUGCACCCCAGGACCACUUCCUGACGGACCCAGCUUUCUCUGAGCCUGCGGAUGGCAUCCAGGAGGGCGGGUCCCCAGCCCUGAGCACCCUGUUCCCUCCACCCCGGGCUCCAGGAAGCCCCCGGGCUCUCAGUCCCCAGGACUACGUGGCUACAGUGGCAGACGCCCUGAAGAUGAACAAGAAUGUGGUUCUGGCCCGGGCCUGUGGAGCCCUGCCCCCCGAGCGGCUAAGCCGGGGAUCUGGGGGCACCUCUCAGCUGCAUCACGUGGACGUGUGGCCCCUCAACCUGCUGCGGCCCCGGGGCGGGCCCGGCUACGUGGAUGUCUGCGGCCUCUUCCUGCUGCAGAUGGCAACCAUCUUGGGCAUGGUGCCUGCUUGGCACAGUGCCCGCCUGCGGAUCUUCUUGUGCCUGGGGCCUCGCGAGGCGCCAGGGGCAGCCGAGGGGCGGCUGCGGGCACUGCUGAGCCAGCUGAGGAUCCGGGCCCAGGUGCAGGAGGUGGUGUGGGGCGAGGGGUCUGCGUCGUCCCAGGAGCCUGAGGAGGAGGAGGAAGGGGACUUCGUGAACGGCAGGCGGGGAGACGCCGAGGCAGAGGCCCUGGCAUGUAGCGCCAACGCCCUGGUUCGGGCCCAGCAGGGGCGCGGCGGAGGAGGGGGGCCUGGUGGCCCUGAGGGUGGGGAUGGCGAGGAGGGGCCCGCCACCGCCCUGACCUUCCUGUACCUGCCCCGGCCACCUGCUGACCCUGCUCGCUAUCCUCGCUACCUGGCGCUGCUGGAAGUUCUGAGCCGCGAUCUGGGCCCCACGCUGCUCAUUCAUGGCGUCACCCCUGUCACUUGCACUGAUCUCUGAUGCCCGUUCCAAGUAGAGAGUGUCUAGGUAAUCGUAAUCGGGUGGCCCACCUUGAUUAUGGGGUGAGGAGGGGAAGGGCCGCCUUCCACCCGCCUGGCACGUGGGACUUGGACCCUGGUGGAGGUAUUAGGGGAUCCUGGUCUCUGUCAUCUCUUGGUCUCUAGGAGAGGGGCCCCGGUGCACUAACUAACGCAGGGCAGCUGUCCCCGCCACCACGGGGGAGGGCUCCCUCCCCCACUGCACUCCCUCCCUUCAGCCGUGCCUUGACGGGGGCUGGGUCUCCGCUUGUGACUCUAGGCUACCUCAGUCUCCCCACCUCGCCCAACAGACUCCCCGACCACUGGGGUUUUGAUGUUUUUGUUCUGUUUUAUUUUUCUAACUGCCGAACGUGAAUAAAAAAUCAAAACACUA